AUGGAAAUACUUGAAUUUUUCCUCUUGCUUUCAGUAUUUACCAAAAACUCCCUCAUCUUCCUUGCAUAUUCCUCCACCCUCAGGUUGACACUCGUUUCUGUUUCCGGUCCGUACAGCUCUCAUUCCAUCGUUACUUGCUCCAUCCAUUCCUCCGUUUGGCAUAUAAACCUCUUCAACUUACUCACCCCGCUCUCUAUUCCUCCCUUGUCUUAUUCACUCAUUCGCUAUUCCUGCUACUUCUUUUUUUACGUUUACUUACUCUUUUACUCUUCCUUCUCCCCUAAUUCUUAUCAUGUCACUCACUUCAGGAGACAUUUGUCUUUUUUUUUCUCUACCCAAACAAAAAUCCUUGAGAAUCUAAGCGAACUAACAAGGCUCUUCUCUUCUAUAUCUACCAUGGCUGGAGACGAACCCCCAUUCCUCAGUGUUGGGACAGAUGUCAGUGCCAAAUACCGUGGAGCUUUUUGUGAAGCAAAAGUUAAAAAAAUUGUACGAUCAGUAAAAUGCAAGGUAUUUAUAAAAGAAACCCAGACAUCUGUUAUGGUAACAGAUGAUCAAAUACAAGGUCCAUUAAAGGUUGGUGCUUCUGUUGUCGUUAAUGUAUCUGAAACCAACCAGGUUGCAGAAGGUGUUAUCAAUAAAGUGAAUGACUGCAGUAUGUAUACUGUCGUUUUUGAUGAUGGAGAUGAGAGGACCCUGAGGAGAAGUCAGUUGUGCUUGAAAGGUGAAAAGCAUUUUGUUGAAAGUGAGAUGAGUAACUUAGAAGUUUGUGGCGGGUUUAUUAUAAAUUGGUUUUGUAACGAUAACGAAAUGAACCCCGUCGGUAGUUCAUCUAUUGAUAAUCAAACACUAGAUCAUUUGCCUUUGUCACAUCCAGAACAUUUUGGCACUCCAGUUAUGCAGAGCAAGAAAGGAAAAAGAGGAAGAUAUUCUGCUUCAGGCCUGUCUUCAUCUUUCAGGGCUGAUUAUGAAGAAGACAGCAGCUCAGAAGAGAGUCCACCUAAGAGAGCUUCAUACAAAGGUCGUUUUCAAGAGCUUGUUGGCAAAGUAAUGUGUAUGGAAAGUGGUGACAAAAGAAAAUCACCUUUGUAUGUUCCUGUAUUGGUGGUACUACCUGAUGCUCACCCUGUUGAACUGAAAAGCAAGGACCAUUUACUUGUUAGGUCAUUCAAAGAUGGUAAAUUCAUAACAAUACCCAAAAGAGAUCUGAAGGAUUUUACAAGAGACAUUGCUCUGAAAAAUGAAGACAAAGGAUUGAAAGCUGCUAUGGAGAAAGCAUUGUUAUACUUUGAUUGUCAUGAGCUCCCACAGAAUUGGGCCAAAGAAGAACUGUUAGGGACUGAUGAUGACAGUGAAAAUGAUGAUGAAGAGUCAUCUGACGAUGAACCGAGUGAAGAAGAAGACAGAUUUGUUGCUCAACUGUACAAAUUCAUGGAUGACAGAGGAACACCAAUCAACAAAGGUCCUUCCUUAGGCAAUAAAGAUCUUAACUUAUAUAAACUUUUUAAAAUUGUUCAAAAUUUUGGAGGCUAUAAUAAGGUCACAAACACAAUGAAGUGGAGAUGGGUAUAUUCUAAAAUGAAAAUGCUAGCAUCAAAUACUGGAUCACAUCAAAUAAAAAAUGCUUACAAAAAGUACUUACAUGCAUUUGAAGACUUUUACCGAAAACUUGGUAGUACAAUGGGAACUAUCAGCCGUCCACGAAGUAGUCGCCAUAGUACAGGAAGAAGUAUUUUAUUUUUGAGGGCUCGUGAUAGUUGCAGAUCUCGAGAACGAAAAACAGCAAAAGAUGAGGAAAAGUCUAAAGAUGAAGAAGACAAAAAAUCAAAAGACUCAGAUGCCUCAAAGGAUAAAACAGAUGAACAAUCCCCUUCUGUCACAGAGGAAACAGAAAGUGAAUCCAAGGAUAAAUGUGAUGAAGAAGGAACAAAGAAAGAAAGUAGUAAAAAAGAAAAGACAAAGCGUGAGAAAGACAGGCUUCGUAGAGAAGUAAAAGAGGAACCAGACAGUGAUAAAAAAGAUGAUACAAAACAUACAAGGAAGAGAGAUGAUGAUAAAAAGGGAGACACACCAAAAAGUGUAGACAAGAAAACUAAUAAAAAAGAUAAAGAAGCAAAAACACCUGAUGUUAAAAAAGAACUACCAAAGAAAAGGGUUAGAAAACGGUCAACGAGAGGGGAUGAUGUAAAGAAAGAAGCUGAUGAAAAAACUGCUUCUGAUUCUCAGAAAUCAAAAGUGGUGGAUAUGUGGUAUAAAGAUGAUAAGAACAAAGAUUCUAAAUCUUCACAGAAAGAAGAAAAAAAUGUAAAAGAUAAGAAAAGCAAAGAGGAUAAGAAUAAAGAAAUGCGUGAAGAUAAAAAGGAGAGUAAGAUUAAAACAGAACCAGAUGAUGAUGCUGAAACCAAAAGAAGUGAAGAUGCUGCUGAUACUGAUGAAGAGGAAGAUGAAGAAGAGGAGGAAGAGGAGGAGGAAGAUGAAAGCAAAUCUGUUGGGCUCAGUGGAUCAAAAGAAUAUCCCACUGGAACAAAACUAAAAGUAAAAUAUGGCAGGGGAAGAAACCAGAAAAUAUAUGAAGCAAAGGUUGUUGAAUUUGGUGCAGAAGGUGGGCAUGAACAGUAUUUGGUGCAUUAUGCUGGAUGGAAUACAAGGUAUGAUGAAUGGGUGCGACCAGAAAGAAUAGUUAAAGUUAUUGGAAAGCCUGAAUUAGGAAAUAAGAAAAAGUCAAAGAGUCAUUCACCAAGAUCUCCAAAGGGAGUGGGGGCAACAAAAAAGCGUGUCCCAAGCCAGAGUCGAACACAGCAGAGUAAUAAUUCUACAAAAGAGGAAAACCUGGUACCAGUGUCUACGACUUGUGCAGCAGCGGUGGCAGCAGCGGCUACUGUUGUUCCUGUAUCACCUCCCUCAGCCUCAUCUCGAUUAGCAAAGGACAGCCAAGCAAAAGUUCGUCCAACACGCUCAAACAGCAUGGAGUUUCUUGUCGUGGAAGGACUCCCACCUGAAAGUGAAGAUGAUCAGGAUAGUGAAGUGGAAUACAACAAAAGUGAAAGAAAUUUGUUAUCAGAAGCACAUUUUUUUGAUGCCUCAGAAGAAGAAGCAUUGAAAGAAAUGCUAAUGAAAAUGGAGGAACAGGAACGGAAUGCUGAGAAAGAAAAAAUAAGUUGUGAGCCAACAGAAGUAAGUGAAACAAAACCUGUUGUUGAAGAAUUGGUAGCGCCAGCACCCAAGGAAGCAAUCUCUCUGCAGAUUGUGAAACCUGAAGCACAACCAACAAAUGGCAAUUUCAAAAAUAUUUCUGUGGUUGCUUGUGAUGAGGUGCUGAAAGUAUCAAGUCAAAAGUUGUCUAAAGAGGAGAGUCAUCCAACUAAGGUAGAAGCUGAAUAUUAUGAGUCGAGAAUACGAUCAGAGCCAGUCCCUUCAGACUCUGAAGAUGUCACGUCACUACCACCACCACCACCUCCACAACAGCAGCAACAGACCUCCCAGGAUGUUGACCAUGAAGAGACACCUCAGGAUGUUGACCAUGAAGAGGAGGAUGAGGAAGAUGAUGAUUUUGAUGAUGAUGAGCAUGAAGAACCAAUGAGACGUGAUCCACUCCCAGGUGGAGAGUCACCACAUGAAUGCAAUGCCAGUACAAUUUCGAAUGACAGUUGUGGGAGCAGUAGUGGGAAUAUUCCAAGUUCUGAUAGCAGCAAUGAUGUAGCACCUCCUCCAACUGCAAAACGGAAAAGAGAAGAUUUAGAGUUCAUGCCUGCUAAAAAGAAAAAACGAACAAACAAGACAAACAAGACUGGUAUUGAAAGACGGAGAGAGACAAAACCUUCUGAAUGUGAAGAAAGUUACAGUGUGGAAGACAAAGGUGCUGAAACAUCAAGUCCUGAAUAUGAAGCAUCACCAAUAUCACAUGCCUUGUCAACACAUUCGUCACUGCCAAAAUCAAAUUCAAUCACUUCCAAACCACCACGGAUUUCCAAGUAUAAUUUUAAUCUUGAUGAGGCACAAUAUCUUGAUGGAGAAAAACUCAUCACAUUCCUUAUGGAUAAAAUACAGCAAAUUCGCCGAAUAUAUAUGAAUCUAAAAACUGAAGUUGCUUCAAUUGACAGGCGGAGAAAACGAGCUAAACGGAAAGAAAGAGAAAAUUCCCAAACUGCAUCCAACUUGGAGGUCGAAUGCGUAUAG